AUGGCGAAUGAUUCGGCUCAAUCGCGCAUCCCACGCUUCGACAGUGUCGGCAGCCGGAUUCCGGUGCCGGGCACCUUCCGGUUGCCCGCCGCUUCCCGUCUGUCGGCCGUCAAACGGUCCGUCCCUUCGACGCCAAUCAGCUUCCUACGGCCACCGGGCCGCACCGCGGGGACUGUCGCUCGCUCGUACUCGGGUGAUAAGCUGUCGGGUAUCGGUGGUGCGCCUAGCCCGUUUCCAGUGUUGACCGCUUCGUCCACACCGGCCCCCGGACCUCGCCCGACGUCGGUGGCGACACCGUUUCUCCGGAAGCUCGACGCAGUGGAAGCCACCGUCGACACCGACGUUGGGGCUUCCAGUGAGCGGCUGGAGGACAUUAAGCUGUGUCAACGAGAAUUUGGUCUCCCGAGUGAUGACGAUGAAGAUCUUGACGGGCAGCAGCAGGAUCGAGCCGACGAGGACGACGAAUAUCUGCUGCGGACGGAAACAACGAUCCUCGCCAACGAUCCUGACGGCGACUCGGAGCCCGCGGUUCAGAUGCUGGUAGACGAGUCGCUCGAGCUGGUUGGUGCCCACAGUACCGACAACCUGUUGGAUCCUCCGGCAACGGCGGGCCCGACUGCCGGCGGAAGUCAGCAACAGCACCUCCAGCAGCAGUACAUCAACCCACACGAGCCCAGCGUGACGCUGCUGCGCGAUGGUAACGUGACGUACGAGAUCCGACGGAGCGCCACCUUCCUGAAGUCGUCGCACGAAUCCCUCAACGGUUCUGGACCCGAGCGAGCCCGACGGCCCGUUAUGGACAGUACGCAGAGCUAUCCACACGCCGGUGGGCUGACCUUCCGGAGGGAGAGCACCGCCAGCAUCGAUUCACCGCUACUGCUGGAUCUAACCAGAACGAUGGCGUUGCGCCGGAGGCCCUCCACCGGAGAGCUGCUCACGGACGAUGAUGAGGAUGGAUGCGGCCUAAAGCGCUCCCGGCGUCCGGGCGUCCUCAACUCGACCAUGGUUCACGAGCGCCUGCUGAACGUUACACAGAGCAUUCCCGACAUCACGCAGGAGUUGGCCACGACUGGUCGGUUGGGGUCUCCCUUUCUGGUGCAGGUUCAGGACCAGAACGGACUGGGCCGAGCCAAGAAACCGAACCGACUCACGUUCUCCAACGCCGAAGAGUCGCAGAACUUGAUGUACUUUUCGGACAUCACCGAGGGUCCAAGAAUGGGGACCAUGGGACCCCUCAACUCUACCAUGCACGGCGGCCCGGCGGACUCGCUGACCAUUGCCCCGCCCGGUAGUGGGCCUCCGGUGAUACAGUCGGAACUGUCACCGGGCGCUGGUAGAUCGAUGCUGCUACAGGACACGCUGGGCUCCCAGGAUCAGACCCUGGUCGCAAUGGACUUCGACGGGGAAGCGGCAGGUGAGGACGAGUAUGCGGCUGAUAGGCGUCGGUUGAACGAGAAGCUGGAACUGGCGGGAGACACGGCCAGCGUCGGUGACGUGAGUGCCGGGAAGGAGAUUUUCGAUCUCAGCCUCGACGAACCUCCGGUCACACCGGACGAGGAGGAGGCGAACCUGGUGGUGCUGCGGCGUCGAUCGUCGGCGUCGACGUCCGCCGCCGGCGCGAUCGUUCCGCCCAGGCAGCGCUACUCGUUCGGGCUCGAUCUCACCGAGUGCACGCUCGACUGCUCCAUCGAGCUGUGCGAUUCUUCACUGUCGCCAACGAAACCUCCGCCACCGGGGGCGAUGGCUGUGGCGGCGGCAGCGGCCGGUGGUCCACAUCUGAAGUCACCCACCUCGUCCCUGUGCCACGGCGGUAGCCUCACCAAGCAGGGUUCGUUCGAGAUGGACGAAAGCCUCGGGAUCCUGACGCCGGACCAGAUGAAGGAGUUCCUCGACUCGACCACCACUAACACGACCAACAACACGGGCAACGGGAACGGGCUGGAGCUGCACCUCAACACGGGGGCGAGUUCGGGCGCGGGUGCGGGUGGUGGAUCCGGAAUGAUGAUGCACCACCACAAGCACGGUGGGCUGCAGCACCAUUGCCGCAUCGAUCAGACACCGUCACCGGAGGAGCUUCCGCUCGAUCCGGUCGGCGUGAAGACCGACAUGUCCGGGAUCCUGCUGCCGGCGGAGCUGCUCCUGAUGUCCUCGGCGUCCGGAGUCGCUGGCGGCGGAGUCGGUGGUGUGGCCGGUGGUAGCGGUGCCGGACGCAGCACGACCCAGGGCGAGGUUUCGCAGACGUCGGACUCGGACCCGAAGACGGACCAGAUGAGCAAGUCGGGCACCUCGUCGAAGGUCUCGAACAGCUUCAUCACCAGCAUCACGAGCAUCACGAGCCUCGACACGGGCUACCAGGGCGACGGCGAGAUGUCGAGGCCGGCCAGCCGCGGUGCCGACCACUCACCCUCGAACGGGCCGCGCCGGGACGUGCCGGUGGCGAAGGGGGCCGGUGCCGGCGGUGGGUGGCAGCCGCUGAUGGUGGCCGCCAUCGCCGUCGUGCCCCGGCGCCAGGAUCCGAUGACGGACUCGGACUUUUUCACCGAGAGCGACGCGGACGAUGUGUUCAAUCGGGGCGAUGCGCGCCGGGCGCAAAUCAUCGACGGUCAGCUGUACGGUGCCGGAAGUGGUGCCGGAACAGGGGCAGUCGCCGGCGGCGGCGGCGGCGCCGCCGUCGGAGCAGCGAUUCCCGGUGGUGCGAACGUCGGCAUCUUUCCGGACGUACUCCCGGGGCUGGGUGCACCCGGUGGAGGUCCGGUCGGCGAUGGUGGUGGUGGACCGGGCGGACCGAACGGGGGUGACGAUUCGUGCAUGGAGUCGAGCGGCAUUUUCACGGACGUCGAAAACCGGGCCGAUGAUGAUCUCGUGCAGCGCCGCGCGGACGAUCAGCUGGGUCGGCGGGCGAUGCCCGUCGAUGGAGGUGGCGAGGAGACGGAAAUGGACCUGAGUCCGGCCGACACGUCGAGUGACACGAUCAGCAGCAGCAACAGCCAGAACUUUGGCGAUCGUGGAGCAGCAGCAGCACCGGGCGGCUCCAUCUUGUGCGGCGAGAUGAACAGCAGCGCCUCCAGCGGGCUGUCGGCCAACCAUCGCAGCGAAGCGUCUGAGCCGAACGCGCCGAACCCGAACGCCGGUGACGACGCACACUGCGAUGGGAAGUGUCCCGGUGUUGGUGAAGCCUCGCCCGUCGCUACGGCGACCGAAGGCAGCAGUAUUGCGCGUCGCAGCGAUGGCGGGAGCGGCAGUUUGACAGUUCGCUCCACACCGGGCGGCAGCAACGGCAAACGGGCCUCGUGCGGCGCUAAUUCGAAUCGAAAACAAACCAAACCGUCGACCGAAUCGGCGGGUCGCGCCGCGUUCGUUCGGAAGCAUGCGGCCGCCGCCAUGAUGUCCGCAGCGGAUGGUCGUCGCGUCGAGCGGCUAAGCAAGGCGCGCCUGUUUCAGGACUCACCGCCCGAAGGAUCACGGGACGGAGUGCCGUUCGAGGAUGCGCCGUCCUCGCCCGGGUGUGCUAGUGGUGACGGUGGUGGUGAUCAAGAAAACAAACGGCCAUCGGCCGGAUCUCGGCUGGCGGCGGGUGGUGUUGUCCGUGCGGCGGUGAAUUUGAGUUUUGUCAAGAAAUCGGGCUGUGGCACCGGCGGUGCCGGUGGUGCUGGGGGCGGUACGCCCAACAAGUGGGACGCGGUGAUGAGCAAGAUUGCGGAGAACAAAAAGUCCGUGCCGCGGAAGUGCUUCGGCGAGGUGAAGUCACGGGUGAACUGUGGCACGGUAGGUGGUGGCGGCGGUGGACGGCUGACACGGGCGGUGGCCCCCUCGGGGGGCACCGGCAGCCGAAGCCCCCCGUCGGAGGCAGCCAGCAUCACGAGCCGCGGUUCCACGGUCAGCAAGCGGACGGUAUCAGGAUCGGUGAAGAGGGGCCGCACACAAAGCAAGGACAGUCAGCAGAGCUCGCAGAGCGAUCUCAGCCUGUCUGGUGGCUCACCGAAGCUGACGCCGAAAGUGUCCAGCACGCGACCGGCCAAAAAGCGAGAUGUGCGCACAAUCAAUUCUUCAUCCAGCGACCUGGGGCCGCCACCGUCCAAGACGAACGGGACCCAGACGACGCGCAGCAGCGCAGCUCGGGUGGCGGCGGUUUUGCAGAAACGUAUAUCGCCCAGCCUGACGAGUAGCGCUUCAAUUCCGCUGGUUCCGGAGCAACUGAAAGCAUCACCGCCCUCGAAGCGGAAUCUGCUGCUAAAGCGUAGCGGCACGGCGAACAACGGGACGCUGCCAGUCAAGACACCGCUAAAAGGUAAGCUCGCGGCCCACAUUGUUAAGGAUGGCAACAAGGAAAACAGCAUCGCUGGAGAUCAUAACCGUCUGGUUGGUGCGUCGCCAGCAACAACGAAAUCGGCCGCAACCGUCGCCCCGACCGCAACCCAUUCGCCGAAACCCGCGACCAAGUCCCUAAUCCGUGCCACCGCCACUAGCAACACGGCGACGGCAAACCUUCAGCAAGCGGCGCAACACAACCACGCGGCCGGCAGCAAUGGCGUAACGACGACGACGACGGUGAAAGCCAUUCAGCGGAAUGGGACUAUAAUUUUGGAUAAAUCCAGCACGCCGCUCCUGAUCGGCGAUGGCACACCGGAAGCGCCGGUGACCGGCGCCGCUGGAAAGAAGAAUGGACCGGCGGCCACCGGUGAGCAGCAGCAGCCGGCGGCCAACGGCGGUGGAGAACCGAACUGUGAUCAUCGUCGGGAUCGUACGGCGAUCCGGUCAGACCGUGAGCCGGCGCAACCUUCAUCCAUCGCCGGGGGCGCGAAGCUGGUCGACGCCAGUCUGCUCAACCAUGCCCAGAAGGGCGUGGAAGCGUUGGGUGUUUUAGUACAAUACUUAGUUUUUAAUUUGGAUGCCUUCUCCUGUCCCACGAUCAAGACGGCACACCAGAAGACCACACACGAUCUGCUGGAAACGAAAACCAUGCUCGACGAUGCGCGUACCGACGGCCAAACGCUGAAGCAACAGUUGCUGGAAACGACGGCACGUGAAACGGAGCUGCAGGAGUUGCAUCGUUGCGAGUUGAGUAGAGUGGAAAGCUGCCUAACGGAGCAACAGCGCAAUGCCGACGAUCGAAUCGCUGCACUCGAGGUGCAACUGCACGAGAAAGAGUCCCGGGUAAGGGAGCUGUUGGCGCGCAUCGAUGACUACCAGACCAAGCUGUCUUCUCAGGCCGAAAGUGCUCGACUCCGCGAGCUUGAUCUGCUGCAGCGAAUCAACGCCCUGAGCUGUACCGAGAACGAGUUGCGCGACAAGGUGCACUCCAGCGAGCUGGCCUUUAGCGAGCGGUUGCAGGCUGCGGCCAUGCGCGAAAGGGAUCUUACCGAACAGGUGAACUCCCUUACCCGCGAUCAGGAGCGAAUCAGGCGCGAGACCGAGCAGAAGGAGCGCGAACUCGAGGAAAAGCUGUCGAUCACGAAGGACGAGUGCGUGGUCUUGCGACAGUCGCGUAACAGCUUCGCGGCGAUGGAUGUCUCUGCCACGGGGGCCGCUGCUUCACCACAACCGAUUAGCAUUCCGCUGCAGCUGAACCGUUCCUCUGGCAACAUCAACCAUUUGCAGGUGCUGCAGGAUGAAGUGGAGAGUUUGCGGUGUGUGUUGGACCUGAAGCAGCGUGAAAUCUCCGAACUGCGCAAACAAACGCAGCAGUACGAGCGAGAUGCGAAGGAUCUGCCGGGGGCGCUGGUGAAGAUUUCGGGCCUCGAGUCGCGCAUCGAAGAUCUGCAGGUGCAGCUGAAAACCAAAACCGAGGAGGAAAAAGAGCUACAGCAAAAGCUGAAACAUUUGCAGGACAACCUGUGCCAGGAGAGCAAAAUCAAAACCCGACUGUCGCUGCACAACGAGGAGCUCCAGUGGCGAUUGAAGCAGAACUCGGAGAAGUUCACCCUCGCGUACGCCGAGCUGUCGAAGAGUUACCACGAAAAUUCGAGCUGCAUGAUGCUGAACACAUCCAAGACGAGCUUGGACCACAGUGCGCCGGCCACAGCCGGUGGUGGUGGUGGCUGCCAACAACAGCAGCACGCCUCGUCUGCCCAUCAACUGAGCCACACAGGGUCACGGUCGAGCUGCUCGGAUCGGUUCUUCGAUAUGGACGACAUCUCGCCGCCAACGUCCCCGGUCAUCAAGGGCAUGGUGGAGAAGAGUGACUCCGUUUCGUGGGUGCUGGAGAUCGACGAUGAACCGCCGGAGGUGUCCGCCUCGCGAAUGGUGCGUCGUGCUGGGUCCUUUCGCUCCAGUGCCGCCUACACCGAGUCGGUAGCGAAGCGGCCCAAAUGUACCGCUCUCAGUCAGUCCAACGGCUGUGGUGCUGGUAUUCAACAGUCGACUUCGGCCACUUCGAUUCUCAGGCAACACUCCAGCGAUAUGUCACCGACUAAGCCCGCCGGCGGUGGUAUCUGUAGCCCCGUGUCGGCCGUGAGCCAGCGGUUGCGCUCGAAGUCGGUUAGCAUUAAGGCGGUGGAACCGCCGAAAAAGAUUGUCCGCUCGAACUCGGGUGCAUCAACCACGGCGGUUUUAAGCGCUUCGAAACCGGUGCGCAUGCCGCACGAAUUGGGCGGCUCUUCGUGGAAGGAGCAACCCCUGUACAGUAGCUCACCGUACGCGCACAAGCGCUACCUGUCCGAGGACAACGAACUGCUGGUGGCUGGCACGAGCAAGCAAACGUUCGGGGAGCAGCAACCUCACCGAACGAAAGAUCUUUUUCUCGAAGAAACCGAACUGCUGAGCGAACCGGAGAGCCCGUUCCCCACCCGACGACGGCCCCAGUCACCGAUGAAUGGCGGUGGGGAAGUGACGUGCGUCGUUGACAUGCCGGUAGAAGUGUUCCAUCGUGACAAAACGCCAAACUUUAAGAAAAGCAAAGAAAAUCGGGGACUCAUCACGUGCGAUACCACCGCUCUGACCGGUUCGCCAAAGCUCAGCAACGGUGGAGCCGGAACGGUGACGGCUCGGGAGAAGCGAAGAGAAUUUACGCGAAAGUCCAACGGGAGUGCCACCAAUGGGAGCAGCACCAGUCGACCACUGGAGGCGGCCGGCGAAGCUCUCGUUUCGGGUGCAAACUCCGACGAUGAGGCAUCAUCAUCCGCUUCAGUGAGCUCCUCGUCCUCCAGCUCCUCGGCAUCAUCUUCCUCUUCGUCGUCGUGCUUGCUGUCCGAAGAAGGAAGUCUGUCCUGUGGGAGCAGCGGUGGCCGCAGCCCAGUACAUGCAACACUCCAAAGUGGAUCGAUAAGCGGUAAGAGGAGCAGCGAGAGGAUGCACGGUGACGGGGACAUGGGCGAGGGAAAAGUGCCGAAGGAGCACCGUCAUCACCACCGCCACCAUCGGCGGCGCCAUUCGAACGUCUCUCUCGAGGACGCUCUGAUGAAGAAGAUCGUGGCCAGCCUGAACGGUGGUGAUGCAGGGAGCGCCAACGGGGACGGUGCCGAAGGGAACGACACACCGAUGGAGGUUAGCUGGUCUGAGGACGGAGACCCGGGCUCGGAAUCGAUCGUAUGACACGACGACGACAGUUUCUAGGUUCACCAACCGAGACGGUGCCGACACCGGUCGCCGAGACAAAUAUCGUAGCGGAACGUAACGGACGGACGAACGGGCGGGCCACUGAUGGGAAAAUUGUUUCUUAAAGAAAACCAAAUUUCCCAGCAACAGAAUCGUCGAAUAAUGGACGUUCAAUGGACGGGGAAAAACACGGAGCAAAGCGCUUUUCGAAUUUUCCGGCAUUCGAGCGCUCGAAAAGCAUCGAUAGUGAUUCCGAACUCGAUCGCGCAGCGACCAACGGCUGUCUUUCGUACCUCUCGGCGCUGGUCCGAUCCCAAGUGGGGCUUACUAGGUUAGUUUGAAUUCUUAUUGACUUAGUUCGAGAGCGAGUUGCUUAUUAGUUGUCUAUUAUUAUUUUUUAGUGUGUAGGUUUGUUUCGUGUUUAAUAAUAAUCCUUUAUCGUGCUUGUAACUCCUGGUUGUAUGUGACCGAAAGAAUGUCUAAGAAUGAAAGGGUAUGAGAAAGAGAGAAUGGGAGAGGAAGAGAGAGAGAUACGAAGGGCAUGUGAAUAUUUAAUGGAUGGUAGAAAUGGAAAAGAUACAACCACACUGAUUACAAAGUAUAAGACACUUUGGUUUUUACUUUUAUUGUGGCCAUGGCCAAUUAUUACUAUUUUUGCAACCAUUUUCUUUUCAUCGCUCAUUUUUAGUAUAUUCUCUGGUACCUUAAUUCUAUUUCCACGACGAAAAGAGUGGAUGCAUUGGAUGCAAAGUUUGUGUUUUUACGGGCAUAAAGAGAAUUAGCAGCGAGUGAAGUUUGUGACAGUCUGUUAAUCAGCACGCUGGCGAGUAGGAAAAACAUAAACAGCGUAUUUGGACCAUUUAAAGGAUAGUUCUAAUAGGAAGCGGAAGUCUCGAUGGAUAUUACUAACCCUUGGACCCUGUCGCAUAUGUACCCCUUUCUUGACAUCUUUUUGUACAUUUUGCUUUGUAUUAUAUAUUGUUCAACCUUUCUCCUAUCACCUAACUGUUGCCUUGUUGUUGGAGAAAAUUUGGAAAAAAUCUGGCGAGCAGUGGCCACGGGUUGUAUUUCAUCGAACCGAUCUGUGUUGUGCAACCGCAGAUCAUUGUAAAACUUUACCUUUUCCAUCCUUUUGCAAAAGUGUCCUGCGUCACUUACGAGCAUCAUCGUCGUGAAUGAAAGCGGCUUACCGUUUAUCUACCGUGGGGAUCGUGUGUACACAGAGUGAGUAGUCAAGUGGGAGCUCCAAUAAUUAGAAUUAAUUUGUUGUGUUGAGAAUAAGAGACAUUUGUACGCUCAGUAGCAUUUAGCAUGAACACAGAAAAGAGAUGAUAAGGAAUGGUCAAGAAACUCUUUAAAAGCAACUUUUCGAGAGAAGUAUUUUGAGACUCAUCGAACGGGUUUGGCAUCAUCUGUGCACUCGAUAGAACUAAAACUGAUACUAAUUGUGCUCGCAUUGAGUUGAAAAACGUCUAGCGAGACAAAUACAAUAAUCAAUUUGGGAAAACACACAGACACACAUACACACAAACAUUAACUAGAAAACUAUGAUCUACUUAAUAUUCGAGUUUUGGAAUUACAGAAACACGGGUGGACGGAGAUCACACAACUGUGUCAAGGGUGUUUAUCGCCAGCGGUAUCGGCUGGAGAUUGAGAGUUUAGAGCUAUUGUGAACUUUAUCGAAAGCUAAAAUUCUAUUACAACCAGACACAUAAUUUAAUCCCAAAGCAGAAUGUAAAGUAAUCUUGUUAAGCGUGUGUGGUGCAGUAAACGAACGGCAGUGAGACGCGUGGCGCAGCUAAUGGAAUAACGACGAGAAAGCUAAACUGGUGAUCAUAUAAACAUACAAAUACAGAUGAAUGCAA